ACGUCAUGGGCGGAGUUUAGUUGAAGAUCGAAUUUGGAUUCGGUUGGCGGGCGCGGCCAUCUUGGUGAAUUAGUGACCUGGCGAUUCGGUUUUAGUUAGUGAAAAAUCAUUUGUCAUCCACAAUGUCGGAAAGGGAAGAUAAUGUGUACAAAGCUAAGUUAGCCGAGCAGGCUGAGCGCUAUGACGAAAUGGUGGAGGCGAUGAAGAAUGUUGCGUCUCGCAACGUAUCGGACAAUGAGCUCACAGUGGAGGAGAGGAACCUUCUCUCUGUGGCGUACAAGAAUGUUAUAGGGGCCCGGCGCGCCUCGUGGAGAAUCAUAUCCUCAAUCGAACAAAAAGAAGAAACAAAAGGCGCGGAGGACAAACUGAACAUGAUCCGAGCAUACCGCAGCCAGGUGGAGAAGGAGCUACGUGACAUCUGCUCCGACAUCCUCGGCGUGCUCGACAAGCACCUCAUCCCCAGCUCACAGACCGGCGAGUCCAAAGUCUUCUACUACAAAAUGAAGGGCGACUACCACCGGUACCUGGCGGAGUUCGCGACGGGCAACGACCGCAAGGAGGCGGCCGAGAACUCGCUGGUCGCGUACAAGGCCGCCUCCGACAUCGCCAUGACCGAACUGCCGCCCACGCACCCCAUCCGCCUCGGCCUCGCGCUCAACUUCUCAGUGUUCUACUACGAAAUCCUGAACAGCCCAGACCGCGCGUGCCGGCUGGCGAAGGCGGCCUUCGACGACGCCAUCGCCGAGCUCGACACGCUGUCCGAGGAGUCGUACAAGGACUCCACGCUCAUCAUGCAGCUGCUGCGCGACAACCUCACGCUGUGGACGUCCGACAUGCAGGGCGACGGCGAGUCCGGUGAAGCCGAACAGAAAGAACAAGCACAAGACGUGGAAGAUCAGGACGUGUCGUAAUACUUUUUAACUUCUAUUUAAAUAUAAUAAAAAAAAUAACUAUAGUUUCAUAUAAGACCCAGCCCUCGAUGACAACAGUUGUAAAGGUAUUUUCUGCAAAUCUCACUAUAUCGCAUCUGGGACAUUAAGCUAUUUAUAAACAUGUACACCGAGUAAAUUAUCAGUUGAUAUCUCAACACGAUGGAGGAAUACAUAAUAACUUUUGUUUAUGUAUUGUGUCAAAUUAUCUAUGAGUAAAUAUACAUUUUAAAUAUGUACUUCUUUUGAUAUAUUUGUUUUCAAUUACGAAAAAAAAUAAUGUUUAAGAAAAGUACUUUGGUAUUGCAUUUUAACUGUAUGUUCUUAAGGAUGUAUCUUAACGUUGCUGAUCUCCGGCGUCUCCUCUCGGCGCUACUCUGUAAGGUGGGAACUGUAAAUUUUCUAAGUAUUUUAUACCGUGUUUAACGUAUUUAACUCUGUUGAUACUUUACGAGCACCAUAGCGGCAAAAUGUUUAAUGAAAAUAUAGUAAUAAAUAUAUAUUUAGUUUGGAUAUAAUUAUACUACAUAUGUAAACGUCUUAUCAUUGUGGAUGUCAUAGUUAAUUUGUAUCGUAAUCGCAUCGUCUGUGUUGAUCGGUCUGCACAAAUAGGACGCGUCGGCCGCCGUAGCUGCGCUUCAGACACUUGUCGUCGUACCCGCUUCGUUCGUAUUACAACUUUUGGAGUAUUCACACUUGAAUUGCUUUAAUUACUUACGAGUAUUGUGAUAGAGAUUUUGUAUAUUUUAAUUUAUUCUUUUUUAAUUUCGCAUGUUCU